ACGUCGCGAAAGAGAGUCGUCACAUCUUCCUCAGGACUCUACUGUACCCGCGCGGGACGACGGGCAACGUAUAUAAGAUGCGCGCAGGCGCAGUUCAGGGAGUGCCCUUUCACUUCGACGCAGUGAAGACGUUCCUGUGUUGCCAUGGGCCGCCGUCCAGCUCGUUGUUACCGGUAUUGUAAGAACAAGCCGUACCCAAAAUCUCGUUUCUGCCGAGGGGUUCCUGAUGCCAAGAUCCGCAUCUUUGACCUGGGUCGAAAGAAGGCAAAAGUGGAUGAAUUCCCACUCUGUGGCCACAUGGUGUCUGAUGAAUAUGAGCAGCUGUCUUCUGAAGCCCUGGAGGCCGCCCGUAUUUGCGCCAACAAGUACAUGGUGAAAAGUUGUGGCAGAGAUGGCUUUCACAUGCGAGUGCGGCUCCAUCCCUUCCAUGUCAUCCGCAUCAACAAGAUGUUGUCCUGUGCUGGGGCUGACAGGCUCCAGACAGGUAUGCGAGGUGCCUUUGGAAAACCCCAGGGUACUGUGGCCCGGGUCCACAUUGGUCAAGUCAUCAUGUCCAUCCGCACCAAGCUUCAGAACAAGGAGCAUGUGAUUGAAGCCUUGCGCAGGGCUAAGUUCAAGUUCCCUGGACGCCAGAAGAUUCAUAUCUCCAAGAAGUGGGGCUUCACAAAGUUUAAUGCUGACGAAUUUGAAGACAUGGUGGCCAAGAAGCGCCUCAUCCCUGACGGUUGUGGAGUCAAGUACGUUCCCAGUCACGGCCCUUUGGACAAGUGGCGGGUUCUGCACUCAUGAAGGCUUUGGCAGCACUGUCUCCUUGGGCCAUGCCGGUCUGACUUAUGCUUACUAAUAAAUUCUGUUUACUGACAAA